CUAAGGUGUGAUGGCUCUCCCUGUACUUUUCCAUUGUCUGCAUUCAACCCAAAAGCGAAGAAGAAGAUAAAGAUCGCCUCCUUUCUUCUCUCUCUUUGCUACUGCUAUCAUCACCGCUCUCUCACACACGCACUAGAUCUUCCUUGCUUUUGGUGCUGUGAAAAGCAAAUCUGAGGCUCUUGUUAAUCUUCGCUCUCUCUCUCUCUCUCUCUCUCUCUUUCGCUCUUCUUUAACAAAAUCCAUCAUUUUUAAUCUGGUCCAAAUCUUCAAAAACCUUCAAGUUCCAUUUAUUUACGCUUUCAUUUUCUCUUUAUUGGGUUUUUUCUCCCAUCCCUUGUUAACUUCUUAUAUUGGGAGCUUGGGGAUUAAAGGCUUGGAAAAAAAAAAAAAGCUGUUUCAUUUAGUUGCUUCUUCUUCAAGAUCUUAUCUCACUCUGCUUACAAAUCAAGCUGAAAAUUUUCUUCUAGGAAAUUGAUGCUAAAAUUCCCUCGGAAUUUUCCUCUUGGUUUUAAAGGACGUCGACUUGAGCUACGUAGAAUGGUUCUCUAGCUUAAAGUUCUUUGCAGAAAAAGAUAUAACAGAGUAAAACAGCGCAAAACAGGGGAAAUAUAAAGGAAGUUUCAAUGGAUUCAAGUACCCAUCAAAGCUAUCAAAACCAAAACAACCAGCCCAAUUCAGGGUUAUUACGUUUUCGUUCAGCUCCAAGCUCUCUUCUCGCUAAUUUCACCAAUAACCUUGAUUGUGGGGUCAAUAAAGGCAGUUUCGAGUCAGACAGAUUGAUAUCCAGAUUCAUGAAUUCAAGCGGCGGCAACAGCGAAAUCGAGGAUAAAUCUGGGACAGAGGUCGGUGUUCACUAUGCAAAUUCGCAGCAGAGUUACUCAGGGUUACCGCCUCAUUAUCCGAGGCAGAGCUCUGCCACGAGCUCCUCUGCUAUGGAUAGCUCAUACGAGUUAUUGGGAAUGGAUCAUCACAGUCAAGGGAAACCGAUUGCUUCGAGCCUAAUGAGGCAAAGUAGCUCGCCCCCGGGGCUUUUUACCAACUUGUCUGUUCAAAAUGGCUAUGCCAGCAUGAAAGGUCUGGGAAACUACUGUGGGGUUAACGGUACUAAUGGAGAAUUAAGUUCAUCUUCAAACAGAUUGAAGAAUCAGAUUAGCUUCUCAUCAAGACUACCUUCUUCCUUGGGCAUAUUGUCGCAGAUUUCUGAAAUUGGCAAUGAAAGCAUUAGGACUGAUGGUCCUGAUGAUGGCAAACUUGGAAAUAGCAACAGUGAUGCUCGAUUCUAUGGCACUGGAUACCAAUAUGGUUCUUGGAAUGAUUCUGCACACCUCACAAAGAAUUUUUCUGGCUUGAAAAGGGCACAGGAUAAUGACCGGAAGUUCUUUUCCACUAACCAGAAUGAUCUUGGAAAUUGUGUUCAUGUAUUAUCUCACCACUUGAGUCUGCCGAAGACUUCAAAUGAGAUGGUUGCCAUGGAGAAGUUUCUACAUUUUCAAGAUUCAGUCCCUUGUAAGAUUCGAGCUAAGCGUGGUUGUGCUACUCAUCCUCGAAGCAUUGCAGAAAGGGUGAGAAGAACCCGGAUCAGUGAACGGAUGAGAAAGCUACAGGAGCUUGUCCCAAACAUGGACAAGCAAACAAAUACAGCAGACAUGUUAGAUUUGGCAGUGGAGUACAUCAAGGACCUUCAAAAACAGUUCAAGAUGCAAUGAUAUUCUUUUGCAGACUCUUAGCGACAAUCGUGCAAACUGCAAGUGCUUACAUAUACAGAAGCCGGUCCCUAAGCAAGUUGUAUGAUUUGCUUUUGCUUCUGUACAAAGAAUAGGGAAAGUAACGGAGAGAAGGGGACAGAAUUUUGAUCUGAAUCGUUGAUCUUUCUGAUGUGCUGAACCAAGUAUAAAGGAACGUUUAGGUUUUUUCUUUUUGCCCUUUUGUCAUGUAAAAAGUAUGGUUGCAUUUCCACCACAAGAUUCCAAAAUCCUGUAAGCUAACAAAGCUUCCCACUUGGAAGAUAUAUGGAAUAAAGAGAAAGUUGUACAGGACA